AUGCUUCAAUCAUUACAUUCGUGUAAAUGGAGUCUUUGGCAUGCAUGGAACUCGUUGAAGGUUUUGAAAGACGCUCAACCACCACCGGUUGUUGCGGGGAUUUUGCAGAAUUUUGCAUCGACAAUAGCAACAGCAAAGAAAACGCAGAAGGUUCAAUUGAAUAACGCUGACGAUGUCCUUAAACAACUGCAGGAAAAAGACGAUAUCAACAAUGCCGAACGUUCACGCCUUGUUGCUUACUUUCUUCAAUUCCGCCCCGAGAUUGUCGAUGGUGGAAAGCAUAUGAUGGAACAAGCAGAGGCGUUGUUUCUAUCCAAGAAUCAAACAGUUGUCUGGCUUUGCUCCCAAUUACCGCAACAUUGUCUCCCCGAAACGAUGGUAUCGGUUCUCGCCUUUCUUCUCUCAAGUUUCAAUUCCAAAUUGAAUCCCUCAUCUGUGCUGUCAUUUCUAUCAUUUUGUGCGAACAGUGGAAAUGGUUUAGCCUUCAAGAAGGCUAACGAUGCACAGUUAAAUGUGCUUGCUCAAUACUUGUGUGCUGCUGUGUUGGUCGACACGAAGUUUGACGAAUUGGCCGUCUCAAUUGUUGUUGCUGUGGAAACAUCUGUCGGUUCACGAGUUCUCCGUCCAAUCAUCGAAACUUGCAUACGAGAGGCAGGCCUAGGACUCGCCUUGGUUAAACAAGAGCCAAUUAAACGACUGAUCUCAAAUGUAAACGAAAGAUAUCCUUGCUUGCAAGUUGAUAUGAUCAACGGCUUGGCGUUGCUAUCCUUUGUGAAUUGGCGUGCCGAUGAGUCGGACAAUAAAGCAACCCAACUGCUCACCGGGGCAUUUAGCGCAGCAAAUCCGGAGAAUGCGAAGAAAAUGGUGGAUCAACUCGAAACAUUGUUGAGAGUUUAUCCAAAAAUCAUUGAAAGACAAAUCGGAAUGCUAUCAAGAUUGCUUGCACAAUUGGUGUCGAUGAAUUCUCGAAAUGUCAAAGAGCGAAUGUCACUGGUUGCCUUCUCGAUUCGUGUUCUUUAUCAAUUGAUACCCGUCGCCGAACAAGGAACACUGGAACACAUCGACGCUUUGAUUUCAGUCCUGAUUUCGUUUGCUGAGCGUCAUCUUUUGGAGAAACGCCAAACGAUCAAUGAGACGAUUUUGAGGACAUGCUUACGAUACUUGGAUUCGCACCAAACACGCGCACAAGCUCUUCUCAGUGAGCAUCCCGAGACGAUUUUGAAACUCUGUGAUGGAAUCGCGGAUCGCUACUUCGUCGAACAGAUUCAGGCCGCUGUCAGAGGAGCAAGGACUAAU